UUGCCAUCCACAACCAGAGAGCUCGGAGCUUCCAGCCCCACCAACCAGUACUUGACCAUCCCACCUGUCUCGAAACCCACCACGACCUUGACGAACAUAACCCACCCCCCCGAUCCCUCUCAUCGAAGACGAAAACAAAGAAACAGAAAACAGAUCCCAACCAUGAGCGAAAGACCCUACCAGCCCCGAGGCGGUCACAGAGGAGGAAGCGGAGGAGGCAGGGGAGGUCCUCAUCGCGGCGGCAAUCGGGGCGGCGGUCGCGGGGGUCACCAGAACCAGCAGGGACAACAACACCAAGGCGGGUCCGGGGAGCAGACGGAGCGUCCCAAGAAGGAGAAUAUUCUUGACCUGAAGAAGUACAUGGACAAGAGGAUUACGGUCAAGUUCAAUGGCGGACGGGAGGUGACGGGUACGCUAAAGGGGUAUGAUGCGUUGAUGAAUUUGGUGCUGGAUGAGGUUCAGGAGGCGGUCAGAGAUGACGAAGGCAACGAAACUACGCGAUCGCUUGGUCUUGUGGUGGUACGCGGCACCCUUCUGGUUGUUAUUUCUCCCGUGGACGGCAGCGAGGUGAUAGCCAACCCGUUCUUGCAGCAGGAGGAGAUGGAGGAUUGAGAUGCAUGAUGAAGAGGGGGAAAGAAAGCGUGUGUCGUCAAUAAUGUCUCUGGCAUAGCAAUAUUGAUUGGGUCUAAGGUGCGGCAAAACAGGUUUAGAAUUCAUCUUCGACGGUCGAAAGGAACAUGGGAGGCGAGACCCGUAAGUGCUUUGACAGCGGAAAAUUGACAAGGGAGAGAUACCCAGGGAACCAAGUACUUGAUGUUGAUGCGGGUGUGACGAGGUCCCACACCAUACCAUCAGCACCAAAGGAACAGAAUCAUCUUCGAGAUGGUUGGCUAUGAAAAGCACAGCAAUACCAUUCAAUCUUCAACACCACAGCUUCG